ACCUGUGGCAGGAGGUGUGACUGUCGUGAGAUCAGGAAGGAUAUCCAUUGUUGAAACCUUUCGGAAAGAAGCCAAUGGGUGCCAAGUAUACCGUCUGCUGCUGUCGCUACUAUCUGAACCACAGCAGAGAGGAGAAAAAUGCUAUUUUGCGAAUGCGCACCACCAAAGUUUCCAGGCCACCAGAGCAGUUAUCCAGUGAGUCCAGCGACAGUGACAGAGAGGUGGAGAGCCUUUUUGGGCCGCAGCCUUCGAGAAGGAGUCCACGCAGCAACCAGCAAAGCCAGAUGAUCAGUGAAAACCCAUGGGCGAGCAUAAACAGACCCUGUGACUCUCCCAUCAGGCAAGGAUCCGACAGAGAGUUAGAGGCUUUUAUCAACAUGAGAGACCGGGCUGACAAGGCAACAGAGGAAUGGGAAAAGCUGAAUUAUGACAUAUACACCCUGCGCUAUGCCCGACGUGAAGUCAGAACUCGAUGGAAGAAAAUCCUGCUGCAGCUCGGUUAUCAGUGUGAGGUGGACGCCUUGUUGUGUGUGAACAGACAGAGCCGGCUCAGUCGAGACCAGGAUCAUCUUAACAGAGCUACUGAACUGUUCAAACAGCUGCUGGACCAGACCUCUCUGUUCCCUCCAGGAACGGGACACCAGAACAGAUACCUCUAUGUCAUGGACCGCCUGGUGUCCCUGGACAGUGCUGAGGACUUUGUCAGACUGGCCAAAGAAAAAUAUCCCCAGAAAGACAGCUGAGAGACAGCGACACAAACAAAAAACCAAAUAAAGAAACUAUAAAAAAAUCUUGAGAAGAUUAAAAAUGUGUCAGCCAUUUUGAUAGCUUUUUAAUCAUUUUCACAUGUU